GGACUGGAUGCAGGCUCGACGGCUCCACGCUACGUACGUACCCCGCCCUCUUCCAAUUAGGCAAACGCGUGCAGCGUGCGCGCUCGCUAUCGAUGCGGAUCCAGCCCUAAAUUCGCCUCGCGACGAACCACUUCUUCCUUCCUACGCUCACCUUCGUCCCACUCACCCAUCACCACUCAACUUACUGCAAUGGCCCCCGACCCCCAGUGCAGCGCUCUCGCCGCCGCGAUGCACAAGAGCGGUCUCUCGUACGCUCAGAUCGCUGCGAAGAUCAACAAGCCUGAGCAGCAUGUUAUCGACGUCUGCACUGGCACCGUGAAGCCGACGGAAGCUGAGUUCAACGCUCUGGCUGGCGCCCUUGGGAUCAAGGAGAGCGUCCCCCAUACUGGCGUGCACUCCACCGCUUGAUUAUACUGUACGGAUCCUGGAACCAUGUAUUCUGCUGUAUCGCUCGAAGGAAAAUGGCAAUUGUAUCAACGAUUCACUCCUACUGCGAAGGGCUAUAACAAAGCCUCGGAGGGUGAAACCAAGAUCCUGUAUGACCCUGCCCUUCGAGAAGACGUAUAAGUAUCAACCAUUGUAAGUAUGCUUGAAUACUUGAUGAUACAAGGCGUCGUGAAUUUCCCUUGA